AUGCCUCCAGGUAGCUCACGUCAAUUUACUAUUCGCGUGCCUGCUACUUCUGCAAACAUUGGACCUGGGUUUGACGUUGUCGGCCUCUCGCUAUCACUUUACCUGACGCUUUCUGUAACCGUCGCACCCCCUGACGAACAACCGUACACACUCCCAACGAUAACUCAUUCUGGAGAAGGUGCUGACGAAGUACCCUUGGACGCUUACAAGAACCUCACCACCCGCGUGGCCCUCUAUGUGCUACGGUGCCAUAAUAUCCGAUCAUUCCCAUCUGGCCUGAAAAUACACUGCAAUAACGAAAUUCCAUUUGGACGGGGUCUUGGGUCAUCUGGUGCUGCUGUUAUAGCUGGGGUCCUUCUUGGAAGCGAGCUGGGGCAGUUAAGCCUCAGCACCGAACGCCUGCUCGAUUUCGCAUUGAUGGUCGAACGACAUCCGGACAAUGUUACCGCCGCACUAGUUGGCGGAUUUGUCGGCUCCUACCUAAAGGAACUCGACAGGGAAGCAACAGAGGCGGCGAGUGUGCCCCUGAGUGAAGUUCUCCCUGAAUAUCCACCAGACGCUGGCGAAGAGUGGGGUUUGCACCCUCCUCAACCGCCGCUUGGGAUCGGUCAUUAUAUCCGGUUUGGCUGGGCAGAGGAGAUUAAAGCUGUCGCGAUUAUCCCCCAAUUUGAGUUGAGCACUGCAAAGGCUAGACAAGUUUUGCCUGAGCAGUACUCCCGCAAAGACUUGGUUUUUAAUCUACAACGUCUGGCGGUGUUGACGACGGCUUUGGGGCAAUCACCUCCUGACCCGGGAUUGAUAUACGAAGCUAUGAAGGAUCGCGUCCACCAACCAUAUCGCAAAGCAUUAAUACCUGGUUUACCAGAGGUCACAUCAUCCAUCACUCCGUCUACCCAUCCAGGUCUAUUGGGAAUAUGCUUGUCUGGUGCAGGACCAACGAUAUUGGCCUUGGCUACCAGUGGCUUUGAAUCCAUUGCCGAGGAUGCUCGUGCUAUUUUCAAGGAGAAAUCGGUCGAGAUCGAAUGGAAGCUACUAGAGGUGGUUGGAGGUAGCUCUGUAUCUCAAGCAUAA